AUGGAAUCAAGGACUAAUGAUGAUUAUGACGAGUCUGGGACUCGGGAAGGAAUGAGUAUGGUUAAUGAGACUGAUGACUUGAGUUUGGUUCUGAUUGAAAGCACCGCCCAGCCGCCACCGCACCACCACCCAGACGCCGCCACCGCGCCGGACGCCGCUGCCGCAACACCUUCCCCUCCCUUCUUCUCCCUUUUUCCUCUCACCUCCACUCUCCACCACUGCCCUCCGCAACCACCGCCCACCACCGCCGGCCAUCCAGCCGCGCCCCCCUCUCCGCCACCCACCCGCAGCCCCCCUUCUUCUAUCACUACCCUAAACCCUCUCCGCCACUGCCCCCUCAACCGUCACCGCGACACCGUGCCUCGCCACCGCGCUGGACGCCGCCGCAGCCACCUUCUUCCCCGUUCCACCCCUCCCGCCUACCAGGAUAGAUAG